AGUUGCGCUGACAGUGAAAACAUUCACUCAAUUGUACAUUAGCAGCAGGGCUGCUGACACACUACCACACUACACAACUAAAUAAAGAUCCGCCAGCUUUUUUUCUUCUUGAUGUUGGUCACAGGCUAAAGAGAGAGGGGGGAAAGACAGAAAUUCUCUCAGGUGAUCCACCAUUCAUGAAAUAAUCUUGGCUUUACCCGCGUUUUGAGUUUCACCACUUCCCCACAGUGGGACUCCAGGUGCCUAACCUCCCUCCUGCCAGUUCUGCAUGGUCAUGAACUGUCAUCACGCCCCUUCCACAGCCCACCUCAUCCUAUUGGUCCUGCUCAUUGUCACUCCACAUCUGGCUGGCACCGCCCCUGCGUGGGGUGAGGGAAGAGAGGGAGGGAUGGAGGGGCGCACCCGGACAGACCUUAAGAAGGACAACCUCGCCCCCUUUCUCUUACCCCCACCCCAGAGUCUCUCCAGCCCUGACAAUGUGUCGCUAGACCGUGGCCGGGGCCUGGGUCAAGAUAACCAAUCAGAUAAAUUGAUGGACCCUGCGCAGGUGCUUGCUGUUCUUCUGGAGGCCCUGGACCACCCAGGGGAGAGUGAAAUCCAGGCGAGCAGAGACAGAGACUGGGAAGAGGAUCAGAGUCAAGAGCUGCCCUCCAUUGAAGGCCUGGAGGGUGGUGAGAUAAGCAGAACAGGGGGAGAGAGGGGGGUGGAGGAGGAGGGGCGAGUGGCUGAUAAGGCUAUUGAACAGUUAAUUGUAAGCCAUUUGACAGCUGCUCAGAGUGACAACUUAAAGGAAAGGGAUGAGGAGGAUAAAAACACAAGGUCAGAGCAGGAUCAAGGGUGGUCCAUGGAGGAUGUGGAAGCUGAUAGUGUAAAUGAGGAAGAAGGGAAAGAAGAUGAGGGGCAGGAGGAGGAAAAUUAUUUAGAAAGUUUCUUAAACAAGGCCAGACUAAGUACCGCCUCACAGGGAGAUGAUCCUUCUCUGCAGCGCAAAAUAAGAGGCUACUUCCAAAACAUUGACUUGGGUCUCCAAGAUAAUGAGAUCCUGCCUCCUCUAAAGGGCUACAAAGCAUACAACACUCAGCUAGCACGAGCCGGAAAAAAGCUGCACUGGGAGGAGAACCAGUCCCAUAACCGACCCACCAAGGGGGGCAACUUCAUGGAUGACUUUGAGGAUGAGGCAGAGGAGCUGGAGGAGGAGGUUGAAGAAGAAGAGGAGAGCCUCUCCCACAUGGAAGAGGAGGCGAGAGCACGCGCAGAGAAACAGGAGGUGCUCCGGCAGCAGGAGGAGGCGGAGCGAGCUAGAGAGGAGGAGCAGAGGCUGGCAGACAUCGCCUCUGACAUGCUGCUGCAGUACAUGGGGAGGAAGCAGCAGUCCUACAUGAAGCCCCGGCAGAAAAGCAGCAUGGGGGCCGCUAGCAACACCGCCGAGGACAAGCGUUCCGAGGAGGUCAUCGCUGAUGAAGACGACCUGGACCAGCAAAUGAUCGACAGGCUGAUUGAGAUCAGCAGCAAGCUGCAUCUGCCUGCUGACGAUGUGAUUGAGAUUAUCAGUGAUGUGGAGGAGAAGAAGAAGAAAAGGAAAGAGUUGCAACAGCUGCCCACCAACAGCAACCCUGUCGCCCCGCGCUUCAGACCUCUGGUACCUCCUCCUCUGGCUGCUCCGCCUAUUUACCACUACACUGCCUCAAAAAACCCCAAGAAAGCCCCUUAUAGGUUCAACAAGUCCAACAAGAAAUGGCACAAGGACAAAGUCAAGUCGUACAAGCAGGACUAUUGGUAUAAGCCUCAGAAGCAGCUUGACUACUGGUAUAAACCCCAGAAACAGUUUUUAGCCUUUCCCUCUUAUCCAUACUACCAGAAGCCAUAUCGAGCAUACUACCCUGUUUAUUUCCCAUAUCCCAAACCACAAUAUUAUGGCAAGCCCUCCCCUUCCAGAGACCAGCCAUUUGGCCCCCAGGAACUUGACUUCCAGACCCCAAGGCGCAGGCACAGGGCUGGGGGUAAGAAUCGUGGGCAGGGCUGGAGGCAGCAGCCAGCGCAACGCCUGCCUCUUACCCCUUAUAUCUCUAACUAUAUCCUUCCUCAUCCACGGACCUACCAACCCUUACCUCCGCCCAAACCAAUAACCACGCCCACUAGAGGCAGGCGACCCCCGUACUACUAUCAACAAGUCACACCGGGAGAUGAUUAUGAGGAAGAUGGGCUGGUGCCUCAGCUGGACAGUGAGGAGGAACUGGAAAACUUUAUUGAGAGGAUCUACAUGAAACGCAGAAUGUACUGAGAGACUUUUUGGACAUUUGUCAGAUCAGAGAGACUGAUAGAGGGGGGGAUAGAUUUACAGUAGCUGGAGAAGAGCUAAAAGAGAAGUGAAAAAAAAGACAGUGUUGAGCCUGAUGGAAAUUUAAGGGCCAAGAAGUAAAAAAGUAAGACUUAUAUAGUUUUUGUUUCAACCACUGUAUUCCUUGUUGAUUUUCUCGGUCAGGGAGAGGAUGAAGGGGUUCCAGUUUAGGCUCCCUGUAACCAUGUUCAGCCUCUUGCUCAGUUUACAUAUUGAAACAGAACAUACCAUGGUGUAUGUCUGCCUCCAUUCAGGUCAAUCUCUGAUGCUCUUGCAUUAUUCAGAGUCUUCUAGAGGACACACAGACACACACACACACAGACGUUUGACACGUUCACAAGAUGUGCCCAUUGUAAGAAGACCAUGUUUACAACAUCACUUAGUAUCUUUUGUUUUAUAUUCUGUAUGUCAUAAUACAAAACUAAAUAGUUCAAUGAAUUCUUAGCUACACAAAUAUAAAAAAAACUGCUAUGGUCAAAUGUUCAAUGACAGUAUAUUUUUGUUGGAUUUGAUGUGUGUAGUUGCCUUUCUUAUUCUCAAUUGGAUCAACUUUAAACAGCUGCAAUUUGCAAAGUUGCCAAAUACACACAUUUCAGUUUUUCAAACACAAGAUUUAGAUUUUUUGCCUUACAAGCAGCAUGGUUCUAUAAGGGAAAUAUCAUAUUGCAUAAUAUUAUCAUCACAACCGGUCCCAAUGUAGAAACCCUGUGGACUCCAAAAGCACAAACUUAAACACUAAACACUUCCAACCUGGUGGACGAAGGGUUUUCAAUCAUUUUGGGAUCCAGAGGUUAUUGUGUCAACAUAUUUAUGGCAGAUCCAUCACCGCCACCAUGCAGCACUUUCUUGACCUUUUAGGACCUAGUCCUGCAUAUUUUCAAUCAUCUCCAAUUCAUGUCUUUACACAUUCUUUUACCAUUUCUUUUUUACACAACCCAUAAUCUCUAUUUUUCUCUUUCUUUCCAAAAAAAAAAAUACUUGAAAUCACAAAUCUGUUCUGCAGCCUUUUAAAACAGAUUUCCACAAAGAGGCUACAAACAUUUUGUUCAUUUACAGAAGAAAUUCAUUGAAAAGUUUCAGGCUGGGGAGUCAGGGAUUGUUCUUAAAGCGUUAAAUGCACGUCUUUCUACUUGCAUCUUAAAAAAUGAACCAAAAAAAAGAACAAAAAAAGAGAAAAAAUAAAACAGUAUGGGGAAUUCAAGAUGGUUGUUUUCUCUGAAUAAACUGUGAACAUAAAAAAGAAAUCUCAAAGGAGGAGGGCCACUGUGUCCACAGUGAAGCCAUCUGUCUUGUAAAAGGAGAGUGUUGUUGUUGAUGUCACCUUUAGCAUUGUAAGAUGUACAGUGUGAAAUAAAUAUGCCCGUGCAAUGUGUAAAUAACAGCAUGAUGAUUACUAGUUUUGCUAUAUGAUAAAAAAUAAAAGCAAUUAUUUUAUUAAA